AUGAUGGCUGGCAACUUGUGGAGAACAUGGCCAUAUCAACAGAGUGCUAUGGAGAACACUAUGAAGUACAGACGGAGCUCGACCGCGCACUCGAUCGAGCUGGAUGCUCAGAUGAGAAAAGACAUGCUUGCACUCAAGUCGAAGUUGGACAAACUGAUCUUAGCCCAAUUCCCUGCCAAGCAUGUCAACUAUGUCUCAGAAAAAGUCCUAGUCAAGGGUCAGGAUGGGGAGGAGACAACACAUGAGGUUUGCUAUACUCAAAAUAGACAAGGAAGCUAUAGGAAUCCUCAACAAGGAAGAUACAACAGUUAUCCAGCCCCCUGGCCGCACCAACAACUAAGUGUUCCACAAUGUUUCAACCAAAGGACUACUCACACCCAACCAAAUCAAGAUUGGGAUAUGAAGGAAAUGCUCCAACAACUUUUACAAGGGCAAGCCAAAGGAUCACUGGAAAUGAAUAACAAGCUGGUUGAGAUCAACUCCAAACUUGAGUCAUUAACUUCGAGAGUACAAAUGAUAUACCUCUAA